UGAAAAAGGAGAAAGAGAAAGAGCUCGAAUUAGAUAGACAGAUAAGUGUACGGAGAAAGAAAUAGACAGACAGUUGAAAAGAGAAAACAAAAAAAAAGAAAGAAAAAAAAGAGAAAAAUAUCUAUGUGGAGGAGGGGUCAUGUAAAGAGAUGACGAAAAAUGCAAAAGAAGACCUGGUGAAUAAUUGUUAAAUGUGAGAGAAAGAGUAACCAUUAAACUAUUUUGAACACGCGUAGAAUGGAAGAAUUGCAAUAGAGGGAAAUUGCAAACCCGUGACUCUAAUUAGAAAGAUAUAAAAAAUGCCUUGGUCGAAUUAGCGCCCUUUAACCCCCUCAAAUUUCGAAUAUUAUUAGUUGCAACUUGCGCACGUGGUAUUUGCAUCCAUCCGUGACCAUUUUGCAAAAAAUGAAAAUGUAGAAAAGUCGCCACAUUUGUAAUACGUCGAGGGCAAGGUGUCUUUCGCAACAUAGUAUUCUCUUUUGGGGGUGUGUAUGUUAUCAUAGCUCCCCUGAAGAAGGCCCUCCAUUACCCCAUGUUGCAAUUCCGUCUGUGUUGCGUCAUAUUUCCCCUUCAUUAUCGGACAUCUAGACCUAUGGGCGGCCGGGACUCCCUUCUUAUGGCAACCCUACAUCCCUCCCAGCUACCUGUUUAAGCCCACCCUCGUCUUAUCAAGCGAAACUCCCCCUUUUAACUCUUGGGUCGCGUACCUGGAAGUCCUCAGUGGAAAGAGUAAUAAGCCAAUUACCCUUUGAUGAAAACACUUCCCUCGGCCCUUGUUCCUGGGAAGGGGUCGGGCCCGCAGGAGCACUAUGAAUUAACCAAGGAGCAGACGGAGAGGCAUUAAAAAUCCACGUAGGACUCGGUGAUAAAGAACGAAAAAGGAGGGGGAGAGAGGGUCGAGAAGGACCCAGGACAGCGCGGUCAGCCUCCAGAACGUGGCUGGGACCGCCCGAGUGCGCACCGCGGCUGGACGUGCCUUUGGAAAAGCCGCGGCUCCGGGCUUUGGACUUUCUGCUUGCAUGGCCACUUUUUCUCCGAGUACAUUUUCGACGACUUGAAUAUAUAGAUUAAAAAUAGCAAGACAAAACCCUAAAACAUAACGAAAAUAAAGCACAAAAUUAGCAAACAAGAAAACGAGAGACAAUGAUAGCCAACCCACCCGACGAGUCGACGAAAACCUUCGUCCCUAAAAUCCGAGGAACCGAACGCGGGCCCAUGAUGUCGGCGAGACGCGAGCUGCACAAGUCCUUCAGCACGGAGCGGGUGCAGAAGGCGCUGUCCAUGUUCUGGGUGGCCAAGCCCUCGGGCGUGACCACGACCAACACCUACGACGUCAGCAGGAGGAUGGGCGGCGCGGGCGGGCCUCCCUGCUGCCAACAGGGCGCCCGCCACGAGUCCCUGGAGGAUGGCGCGGGGAGGCCCUUCGCGGACCAGAGGGAGAUCGACGACACGCGCUCCAUCUUCGAGUUCGACUUCGCCGAAAUGAUGGGCGGCAGGACUGGGUUUACCUGCGUUCGGCACACGUUAUGUGUCCUCAACACCUUUAUGUGGAUCGUGGGCUGCUCCAUGCUGGGCGCGGGCAUCUGGCUCCGCUUGGCCUACGGCGGGUAUGCGUCCCUCCUGCACCAGUACUCCGCCAUCUCAGCUGACUCCCUCUGCCUCGCCGCCGGGGUCAUCACCUUCAUCCUAGCCUUCUGCGGGUGCUGUGGGUCCUGGUUCCAGAGCCGCUGCAUGCUCAUCACGUACUUCAGCCUGGUGGUGGUGGUGUUCUCCCUCCAGCUGGUGGCGGGGACGCUCGCCUUUGCCUUCAGAGCCGAGGUCUCCACCACCCUCAUUGCCGAGCUGCAGGCCGGGAUAAGACGCUCCUUUAACGAGACGGCGGACAAUGCUGUGGCCAUUACGUGGAACCAUUUGCAGACGCAGUUCGAGUGCUGUGGCGUCGAGGGCCCCCGGGACUGGUUCAACAUCGCCGCUUGGCCCCAUGAGGAGUGGGUCCCGCGAUCCUGCUGUAUAUCCAAAUACACUGAUGACUUGGACUGCGGAAAAUCAGAGGAGGAGGAACACUGGUUCAGAGCCGGGUGUUACAUGCAGGUGAAGAUGUGGUUCAUCGAGAGACUACACCUCGUUGGCGUCAUCGGUCUCAUAUUUGCUUUUGUGCAGCUCUUCGGGAUGAUCGCCUCCAUGCUCCUCUUCUGCACUCUGGGCCACAAACGGCGGUCGCACACCUACAAGUCUUACCAUUCGGACACCUGACUACUGCCUGAAUACAGGGUGUAAGGCGCGAGUAACAAUAAGGGAGGGAGGAGGAUCUACUUACUCUGAGAAUGGGAUCAAGAGUGAAUGUGGAGAGAGAGAGAGAGAGAGAGAGAGAGAGAGAGAGAGAGAGAGAGAGAGAGAGAGAGAGAGAGAGAGAGAGAGAGAGAGAGAGAGAGAGAGAGAGAGAGAGAGAGAGAGAGAAUAUGAGUUUGAGUAUGAGUGAGCGAGUAAAAGAACGCUAACUUGUCUUAAUGGUUAGUUUCUCCCUUCUUAUUUUUUGUGUUAAUUUUCGUUCUCACUUAAUGCAUUUCUUGUGGAUGACAAAGCAAUGAUCUGUCUCAAAAAGUAAACCAUUCUCCCCCUCCCUCUCAGAAUUAACAAAUAGCAUAAGACACCCUGUACUAAUAUUGUAAAAGAAAAAGAUGCAGUAUCUAGUGUUCACCGUGAUGGAUUUAAUUCAAAACUCAGUUCAUAUUCAUGUUUUGUAAUGCUUUUGCUUUGAAUAAUCCAACUAAUGAUUAUUGAUUCAACUAAUGAUUAGGGAUUUUAUGUCUACUACGUUUUAGAAAUAAUGUUUGAGAUAAGUGAGCAUAGAGGUAAUAGUUUCCUUGUAUUCUUAAUUUGUUAAUUGUAAUGAUGUACUGUUUUUAGAAAAAUGGAAGAAACCUUUCCAUUGUUAUUAGUAAGGUAGUAAUGUUAAAAUGAAUAGUACUAUUGCAGAUAUGUGUCAAAAUGGGAAAGGUACAUGCAUACAUAUCUUUGAUAUAUAGUGAUCUUAAAUGCAUAUUAUUUAAUUGGCAGGUUUAUGCGACAGUUAGUGUUACUUUUUCAUAAUAUUCUGUCCAUUUGUUUUAUCAAAAUUCUACAUCAAAGGAUGAUUUUAUAUAUGGUAUGUUUUAUAUGUUAAGUAUUUUUCUGGACGUGUAUUUGCAUUAACAUACACGUUUUCACAAAUGAAUGAAAAUGUGAUAUGAGCAUAUGACUGUCUAAGACAUAUAUCACUGAGGCAGUCUAGUGUACUUCUUGUCAUAUUUAUAAUGAAAAACACUUGGCCUUCACAUCAGAAAGGUUAAGUUGUUGAUUUCCAUGUAUUUCCAAAAGGUUUUAUGGAAGACCUUGUUGUGUUAUAAAUGACAUAGGUGUUUUAAUACAGUAACCUAUUAACAAUUUCAUCUACAGAACAAGUCACUCGCCAUAGUACUGACUUACAAUGGGAGAAACACAUUAUUAUAGGGCCAUUGUUAUCCACAAGGGAAAGUAGACGAUCACUUAGUGGUGCAGUACAUAGUCACAUGAAAUUGCAGGUUCAGUGAUCUUUGUAGAGUGGUCAUAGUACAUACAGUACAUGUAAAAGGAACAGGAUAGUGUGUACCAACUGUUAUAUUGGAAUCAUCCAAAUAGCCACAUGUAAUCUCUUUUUUUUCAAAACUUAAAUAUUGGGGCAAAUGUUUAGAGGUCAUCAAGUGAAUUGAUUAUCCUUGUACUAGCCUUGCACAAUAUUUAAUGAUGUAAAUGUACUCAGUCUAUCCAGGCCUUGGUGUCAUUUAUCACUUGCUUCAUUGUUAAGAACAAGAAAAAUGAUAAAGAAUGAACCUCGAACUUCUCUC